UCCCACUCUUGUCGUUUCACAGAUCGGUCGGUCAACAGAAACUCUGAUAGACUUUGUGGUGACGGAUACAGCGCCCAGUAACUCCCCAACAGGGGAAGGCCACAGCGCCCAGAGUACCAUCUCCCGGUUUGCCUGCCGAAUCAGCUGUGAGCGCAGUCCCCCGUACACCACCCGGAUUUAUGCUGCCGGCUUCGAUUCCUCCAAGAACAUCUUCCUCGGUGAGAGAGCAGCCAAGUGGCGGACUCCGGAUGGGCUGAUGGACGGCCUCACCACCAACGGAGUCCUGGUGAUGCACCCCAUGCACGGAUUCUCCGACAACUCCAGCCCUGGUGCCUGGCGGGAGAUCUCCGUUUGCGGAAACGUGUACGCCCUGAGGGAGACCAGGUCAGCCCAGCAGAGGGGCAGACAGGUGGAGAACGAGUCUAAUGUGUUACAGGACGGCUCUCUGAUUGAUCUCUGUGGGGCUACCCUGCUGUGGCGCACCCCAGAGGGCCUGGACAAAGCACCCACCCUCAAGCAGCUGGAGGUCCUGAGGCAGGAGAUCAACGCAGCAAGGCCACAGUGCCCGGUGGGCUUCAACACGCUGGCAUUUCCCAGCCUGGAGCAGUGCCAUGUGGUGGAGGAGCAGCAGCCCUGGGUCUACCUCAGCUGCGGCCAUGUGCAUGGGUACCACAGGUGGGGCAGCCGCCCAGAGGCUGGGGGAUCGACAGCAGGCUGCGAGAGAGAGUGCCCCCUGUGCCGGAGGGUGGGGCCCUACGUGCCCCUGUGGAUGGGCUGUGAGGCAGCCUCUUACCUGGACGUGGGACCCCCCAGCCACGCCUUCUGUCCCUGUGGCCACGUCUGCUCAGCCAAGACUGUCAAGUACUGGGCACACAUCCCUCUGCCCCAUGGCACACAUGACUUCCACGCUGCCUGCCCCUUCUGUGGCACUUGGCUGACCGGGGAGAAAGGUUACAUCAAGCUCAUCUACCAAGGCCCAGUGGACUGAGGGGGGGCCCAUCAUACCCACCCACCCCUUCCCCCUCACACCCACCCACCCCUUCCCCCUCACUGCUUCCCCCAACACACACACACAUCUCUCCCAUCCCUUGCUCUGUCUCUCUCUCUCUCGGUCGAAUCACUAUUUAUGCAAAAACAGUGACAUUUUUGUAAAAAGAAUAAAAAUAUACAUUGACAAUAUUUGCCACCGUGAAGGGAGUCUGCUCGAUGUGUUUUUAUUAAGUGGAAGGUGCCCCUGUCCCCCCCCGUGUUUUGAGGUAAUUGAUAUUCAGUUUGGGUUUGUUCCCUCUGCUGGUGUUUACUUGGAUCCCCGUGGGACCCUGUGCCUCCCCAACAGCGAGGCUGGUGCGUUUGUCCUCAAAUCUGAGAUGUUCUCGCAGUGCAGGGGUAGUGUCCCCCUCUCUGGGCCUGGGUGCCACAGUUUCAAGUCCCACCUGCUCAAGAGGUGAAUGGGUCAAUUUGGAAAAUAUCCAUACUCCAUGUCUCUCAUACCAUUGCCCCUGCCCACACUGAGUGAGACGGGGGUCUGGGUGGCAGAACCACUGCUAGCCUGUCAGUCAGAUAAGUGGGUAGUAUCUGUGUGGACUCUACACUGAUUGGAUAGCUGCCCUACCAUUCAGGCAAAAGGGGUGGUACAUGUGGAUGCUGGAGGGUUUGAGUGAGAGGGACAGGCUGGGGCUGUUUUCCCUGGAGUGUCAGAGGCUGAGGGGUGACCUUAU